AAGAUGGGGUUGGCACGGAGGCAGAAUGGCAGCGAGGAUAUGGUCGAGUCAAGGAAAAGAAGAAGAAGUAACGGACAGAAUGGAGAUCAAGAGGAUAUCUUCGAAGCAUCUGAGAACGAUCCGUUGAUUCCGAGGCCGAGCGUGCAAAGAGAGGAUAGCGCUGAGUCGGGCAAGCAGGAACAAGCGUUCAAGCAGACAUCGUAUCUCAAAUCGCCGUAUUGGUGGUUCGGCAUCAUCCUCAUGACUGUUGGCGAAGCGGGGAAUUUCCUGGCGUAUGGAUUCGCGCCCGCAUCUAUUGUCUCUCCGCUGGGUGUCGUCGCGCUCAUUUCGAACUGCAUCAUUGCGCCUUUUAUGCUAAAAGAGCCAUUUCGCAAGAGGGAUGCGCUGGGUGUUAUUAUCGCCGUUGGAGGCGCGGUCACAGUCGUGCUGUCCGCGAAUGAUAAUAAUCCUAAACUGGGCCCUGGUGAGAUUUGGGACCUGAUAAGACGAUGGGAGUUUGAGACGUAUUUGGGGAUUACGGUGGGAGUUAUUGCUGUGUUGAUGGUUGCUAGUAAUCGCUAUGGGGAGAAGAAUAUCCUGAUUGAUCUGGGACUUGUAGGACUUUUUGGCGGAUACACAGCUUUGUCAACCAAGGGCGUUGCCUCACUUCUCUCAUACACGCUCUGGCGUGCCAUCACGUUCCCAGUCUUCUACCUGCUAGUUGCCAUCCUCGUCGGCACAGCCGUCAUGCAGAUCAAAUACGUCAAUCGAGCUCUCCAGCGCUUCGACGCCACACAAGUCAUCCCCGUCCAAUUCGUCCUCUUCACCCUCUCCGUCAUCGGUGGAUCAGCAGUCCUCUACCGCGACUUCGAGCGCACCUCCGGAGAAGACGCUGGAAAAUUCGUUGGCGGAUGCGCUCUAACCUUCUUCGGCGUCUGGCUCAUCACCAGCGGCCGCCCAUCCCACCACGAUGACGAUGACGACGACGAAGACCACGAUCCAGAGCCAGAAGAUGCAAUUCACCUAGCUGGCGAAGUCUACGUCGACGGUACAUCCGAACCGAGCGAACAAGUCUCGCGCCGUCCUUCAACAACACGAGCACUAUCCCCACCCAUCGACACGUCACGUCCUUACCAAGACGACCAAGACACUCGCCCUUCAACCCCAAACAUCACACUCACCCCCACCGACCCCGUCACACCACCAAACCCCUCCUCCCGCCCCGCAACCGCAGACAUCAUCUCUUCCCUCGUCGCAAACCCCUGGUCCGCCCCCAACGAACCUACCUACCGCACCCCACCCUUAAACAGACACACAUCCACGCCCGUCCUCCCCUCCGAAGCCGCACCACCAUCCGCGCCCCUCGUCUCCGUCUCAGAUACCAAUCUCCCCGCACCAUCACCACUGCCACCACCCCGCACGCCAACGCGAGGCAAGAGCCAAAACGAAGUCCCCACUACGCCUGGCUCUGGACUACGCAGGUUGCGCACGGGCGAUCGCGUGCAGAGUGCGAGGAAUAGUAUUGUGGGGGGUCCUUUGCUGGCGAGUCCGCUGAGUACGAGUUUGAGUACUAUGGUGCAGGAUCUUAAACGGGGGAAUUCGGUUAGGAGGCGGGAGAGCUUGCUUGCUUUGAGUGCUGGUGCUGGUGCUGGUGUUAGGAAUGUUGUAGAGAGAGGAGAUGGUAGUGGGGAGGAUGGUGGAGUCGGAAUGGGAAUGGGGUUGGGUGGUGAGCCGUUGAGUAGACGGAGGACAAGGGAUAGUGCUGCUGGUGGGGAGGAGGGGAGUAGGACGCCUGGUGGGAGGAGAGUGGGUAGAGGGAGGAGCUUGAGUGCGCUUAGUACGUUGAGUGGGCUUUGGAGGGGGAUUAGGGGACAGGGGAGUAGAGAGGAUUU